AUGGGAGACGGCGCCGCGGCCCCGCCCGUGCUCGUGGCCGUGCCCAGGGAAAAUAAGAAGAGAAAGCACACAGAAGAAGCUGAGAAGAAAUCAGAAGAUCAUAAAUCAUCUACCAGUCAAGAACCUCCUGUAAAACUGAAGAAGGCCAAAAAGAAGGAACUUUCAGAAGCAGAGAAAAGACUGGCAAACAGGGAGUGUGCUUUGGAGCAGGCAGAUGAAGAAGAGGAGCUAAAAAAGUUCCAAAGCAAAGAGAAGCAAAAAACUCGAACUUCUCGUAUCACCACCAGAAAUGUUGUUAAUUCAGAUACAGGUAUUACGGUAAAACAAAAAAAGAGAAGAAAUGAGGCUGAGGAAACAAUAAAAAACAGAAGGACAUUGUUUGUCGGAAAUUUACCUGUCAACUGUACUGCUCAGAUGCUGAAGUCUCUUUUUAAAGAGUACGGACAAAUAGAAUCCAUUCGAUUCCGUUCUGUGGUUCCAGCCGAAGAUACUUUAUCCAAAAAGUUAGCAGCAAUAAAGCGCAAAGUACACCCUAACAUGAAGUACAUCAAUGCUUAUGUUGUUUUUAAGGAAGAAUGCGAUGCCAUUAAGGCUCUAAAAAAAAAUGGAACAGAAAUUGCUAGUGGAUUUCACAUCAGAGUUGACCUUGCAUCAGAAAACAGUUCACAUGACAAUAAGCGAUCUAUAUUCUUGGGAAAUCUCUCAUAUGACAUCAGCGACGACUCUGUGCGAGAACACUUUGCUGACUGUGGAGAUAUCGUAGCAGUGCGAAUUGUGAGAGACAGACAGACAGGCAUGGGCAAAGGGUUUGGCUACAUUCUCUUUGAGAAUACAGAUGCUGUACAUCUUGCUCUGAAACUCAACAACUCUGAUCUUAUGGGAAGAAAGGUGCGAGUGAAGCGCUGUGUCGAGAAGGGGAAAGCACAGCAACAAAAUCCAAAUCAGUCUCGUGGACAUAAGGACAAAGUUGAUACCCCGUCAAAACCCAAAAGAUACUCCAGUGAUUCAUUUGUAGGUGAGAAAGCAACUCCACUGAAAAAGAACACGAAAACAAAGAGACUAAGAAGCAUUACUAAAAAGAAAACUGGGAAAAACAAAUAGCUUUUGACAGUACUAACUGAAAUAUGUAAAAAUGUUGGU